AUGUCAAAUAGUAUAGACAGCCUUCGAGACCUGGAUGUAACUGUUCCUGAAGUUCAUCAGAACGUGUGCAGCCCUGCCUCCAGUUAUUCUACUUAUUCUCGGGAGAUCAAGUACAUUUUUAGUCCAGUAAAUGCAGGAAGAGAGUACCAGGACUACUCCCACAUCAACCCACAAACCAAGCAGAACUAUUUAUCUCACACACCACGCACACUAAGUGCUGCCUCCCAGCUGUCUAGCAAAGGAAGCAGAACGCCACAUACUUCCAGGGAGGAGCAUGUGCUGGAGGCUCUGCACUAUGUGCCUUUACAAGUAGCAGUUUCAGACAUCAGCAGUGUUCUGUCCAAAGAGAAGAAAACUGGUAGCCCUAAUGUUGAAGCGGAGAUAUAUUCAAGCACACAUGGUCAUGGCUCACAUAAACCAGAUGCACAUUUAGACCAUGGGGGAAGAAGCAGUACUCACUUUAGCCAUGGUAAUGACACAUCCUCACAUCCCUUAAUCAGACAUUCAUAUUCAGCAGUGCAGAAUAACAUGUUGGUAUCAGCACACCCUCAGAAUACACAAAGACCGACACAUGUUCAAUAUAAUUUUCACAAUAAACAAACUAGACAGUCUGAGGUCAGAAGUGGAUCAAACACAAUUUAUAAACAGCCACAAAACAACCACAGCUUCCAUCAUUACCAACAGCCAGCAUUUCAUCACUCAGUAGCUUCUGGCUCCAUGCCUCCACAAGAGCCUUUUAAUCCCAGCCAUGAGCAAGCAAGCCAGAUGCAGUUUCGGUACAACAGUCACCAACAUCACAGCAGAAGAAAGACUUGGUCACCCCCUGCUUUGAAACUGAGCCUGUUAACUCCAAACUGUCAGGGUUCUCGUGUGUGCUAUAGUAAUGAUUCACUGGAUGUAGCCAAUGAAGGAAGUAUGGAGCGAAAAGCACAAAGUCUGUCAGAGGAUCUGGACACGACCCCACCAAAGCUGGCUCCUGUCAGUGGAGUUCUGGCACAGAAACCUGGACAGAACUUGAUAAAGCCAAUUGCAUUCAAACCUGUCCAUGCCAGCUCGCCACUUAGCCCAGACAGGGUCAUGACAAGACAGCUUGGAACUGAUGGCCACAUGAACGGAUCUUUUGACAUGACCAGACCGCACAGUUUGAAGCUGGGUAAUGGCAUCUUGAACACACAGGGAAGUUCAGAUUCUCAUAUCGGAAGAAAAUAUGAACUGUCAGGUGAUCCUGUAACUAAAUUUCACCGACAGAGCUCUGAUGGGCGUAGUUCACUUGCAUCCAUCAACUCUCCUCAUGCAGCGGAUAUAAAUCACCAUCAUUCACAGACGUCUUACUCUUUAACUGCCAGUGAAGACAGCCUCCACAACAGUCUUCAGCACAGCUCCUCAAACAGUUCUUCCCACGUUGGUGCUGGCAGUGCCUACAACAAUAUUCCUAUCAGCUCCCAUGCUUCCGUAAACUCUGUCUACUUACCCAUCACUGAUGAACCUAGCAUCCCCAGAUCUUGUCUUUCAGAAAGGCCUGAUUCAAUUCCGUCACUCACCGCCAACCAUGUUUUGUUCCAUCCAGUUGAGAGCAUGCAUCAGACCCCUUCUCCUAGUGAUAGUGGUGUUGGUGAACUUGAAGCAAUGCUAAGAGAGAAAGAUUCUGAAAUUAACACGCUGAGAGAAGUCAUGGAAAGGAAUGAACAUGCAAUAUUUCAAGUUUAUGAAGAAAGAAGGAAUGUUUGGCUACGUGAGACUCAAGAAAUACAAAAUGAAUAUGAACGUCGGCUUAAAGUUCAGAAUCGAAAGUCAUAUAAAACUGAACAAGUUCUUUCCCUUCAAGUGUAUAAACUUCAGCAAGAGCAGAAGACCCUGCAGGAAGAAAAGGCGUAUGAGAAAACAUUCAUAAAUGAUGAAUGUCCCCAGCCUAAAGACAUUACUGCCAGCAGGGAUUGUUCCACACAAACCAUUGUAAAUGAAGCAGCAGCAGCAUCUGAAGACAUGAGGUCCUCUUUGCUGGCAGAGAGAAACCAAAUUAUUGUUGAUUUACAGGAGGAGAUCAUGCAGAUUCAAAUGCAGGUAGCCUUACUUAAAGAAGAGCGUGAGAAAGAACAGGAACAGUGGCUGGAUGAGAAGAACAAAGUCAUUAGGUAUCAGAAGCAGCUUCAACUCAACUAUGUCCAGAUGCAGCGCAAAAAUGCUGCACUAGAAAGAGAGGUUCAGCAGCUAACUCUGGAACUGGAAAGAACAUAA